AUGAAGUCCCCACGUGCCGUCAAUCGAAAGCACGUACGCUACACACCUAACAGCGCCCAGAAGGGCCGCGGAAAAGCUGCUGCCUCGACAGCUGCCUCCCGAAGAGCUAUCCGCCAAACAUUGGUCAACCUUAACCAAUAUGCCAUCAAAGCCGCCAUCGUCUUCAACCAGUUCGACCUGAAAAUCUCCGAACACUCGAAAAAACCAGAGCAUACAUUGAAAUUGAUGUAUGUGGGGUACUGUCCACUCUGCGAGCAGUACUUUGAGGGAAAUGGGGAUAUUCUGACAUGUCAGCCGUGCCUGGAGCAGCUCGCGGAGAAGUCGAGGAAAGCUGCGCAGAAAAAGGCCGAAAAGGAUGCUCAGUUGAAUCUGAAGAAGGAGGCUGAGCAGAAGAGGAAACAAGCAAAACAAGCCAAGAAGCUGGCUGAUGAAGCUCAUAAGCCGAAGGUUGAUGCCAAGCUUGAAGCUGCGACCUACGUCCCUCCCACAGUUGUUGUCGAAGAAUCUGCACCGAUCAAAAAGGAAGAAUCAAAGAAGAACAAGAAGUCCACCAAGAAGCCAGAGCCCGCAGUGGAGGAGGUUGUCGAAAAGAAAGAAGUCAAGGUCGCCGAAAAAGCCCCAGAGCCCGAAAAGAAGUCAAAGAAGAAGGAAUCUAAGAAGUCCGAAUCUGACAAGGCCGAGGUGAAGCUCGUCGAACCCACUCCUACCCCGAAGAACACCCCGGUUGACACUCCGAAAGAGCAGCCGGCCACGCCUGCCGAGCCCGACCUUGAGCACCAGGAAGCUGUUGUCGAGCAAAUCGAAGAGCCGAAAUCCAAGUCGAAGAAGGGCAAGAAGGACAAGAAGCAUGUCGAGCCUGUAGCUGAAAAAGUUGAAGCCCCUGUCGUUGAAGAGCCAGUUGUUGAAGAACCUGUUGCCGUGAAAGCUGUUGAACAACAACAACAACAACCUGCACCUGAAGUCCAUGAGGAAUCCUUUUCCGGUGGAAAUAACGUAAGUUACACCGAACCUGUCGUGUCUAGUUCUGAUCUGGACCUCGAGGCUUCCAAUCCGGCCAAAAACCCAAAAUUGCAAGAAAACCUUGACGACGCUGGGGUGAGCACUGUCAAGCACUGGCAGAUGCCAACAAUGCAGCUCAACCAGAAUGAAUAUGCAAAAUUCUCUCCCUCCCCUGAACGUGAACAGUCGCCUAAGGCUGAGGCACCUAUCGAUAUUUGGGAAGAAUUCGCCUCCGGAAAGCCGUUAUUCAAAGAUGAAGCGCCGGUCGAACAGGCCCCCGUAAUUGAGACAACCAAAGAAGAGGCCCCCACUAUUGACAUUUGGGAAGAAUUUGCCUCGGGUAAGCCCCUGUUCAAAGAAGAUAAACCGGUUGAAGAGGAACCUGUAGUUCAAAAGCAAGUGGUCGAAGCACAACAAACCGCUCCAGCUGAACCUACCAUUGAUAUCUGGGAGGAGUUCGCUUCUGGAAAGCCGCUUUUCGAGGAGGAGGAGAAACCGGCAGAAGCUGCUAAAGCUGUGCCGGUUAUGGAGACGCUGAAGCAAGAAAACGAAGCGCAAGUUGAAGAAGCACCAAAGGCUGAAAAGGCCAGCAAGAACAAAAAGAACAAGAAUAAGAAGGGCCGAAAGGAAAGUGAGAGCAAAGAAGAGCUCGUGCCCGACAACAAGCCUGUCUUUGAGAAAGUUGUUGUGGAGGUACAGGAAAACGCUCCUGAGGAAAAGCCAGUUGAUAUCUGGGAAGAGUUUGCCUCCGGCAAGCCCUUAUUCAAGGAGGAUGCUCCAUCAGCAGUAUUCAAUCCUGUUGAGGAAUCGACCAAUGGCGCAGUUCCAUCGGAAAAACCUGUGGACAUUUGGGAAGAGUUUGCUUCCGGAAAACCGUUGUUCAAGGAAGAUGAAAAACCGGAAGAAACCAACCAACAACAAACUGAGGAAACGGCGACUGUCGAAAUCCCCGCCGAAGCACCAAUCGAUAUUUGGGAAGAGUUCGCGUCCGGAAAACCGCUUUUCAAAGACGAUGCUGAUACUACUACCUCAGAGCAGAAGGUCGAAGCAGCAGGAGAUAUCUGGGAAGAAUUCGCUUCUGGAAAGCCACUAUUCAAGGAAGAUAAACCCCAAGAGCAAGAAGUCGUUCCGUCCCCAGAAGCUGAAAAGCCACAAGAACUUGAUUACGCCACUGAAACCCAACAACAGCCCCAAGCCAGUGGCAAAGCCAAGGACAACAAGAAAUCGAAGAAUAAGAAGAACAAGAAACACAGCGAAUCGCAUGACGAGGUGAAGAAGGUCGAGUCUGAGGUGGAGAAGCCUGUUGUGCAAGCCGCCGAGCCUGUGGAGAUCAAAAUCGAUGAUAAAGAGAACAAGCACACCGAGUCCAAGAAGAACAAGAAGAACAAGAAGUCGAGCGAGUCCCAGGAUUCUGGAAUCACCGUCGAAUCGGAGGCUGCGCCAAUCUCGCCGGCCAAUUUGGGCCAUAUCGAGGCCGAGGAUUCGGAAGUGAAGGCUGCCCCUACCCAAGCCGCGGAAGCACCCGUUGACAUCUGGGAAGAGUUCGCAAGCGGAAAGCCGCUUUUCAAGGAGGAGACCAAGACCGCAGAGGCUGAGGAAGAAGUUCCGGAGGAGCUGCUACAGAAAGCUGAGGAGACCAUCAAGGCUAGCCAGAAGCUGUGGGAAGAUGAGGAAAAGCGCGAGACCUCCGCCAAGCCUGAGACUCCUGCUGAACACGUGGAGAUUCUUGAUCAGGCACGUGCUCAAGCCAUCGUCGCCCCUGAGAGCAAGACCGAGGCAUUCUACUCCACGGAAGAUGAGCCCGACCAACCUGCCACCUCGGUGCAUAUGGCUGAGAGUAUCGAAACGAGGCUCAUCUAUGCUGGUGAAGACGAGCCCGAACCCCAGCCCUCCAAGGAAGCAUCGAAAUCCAAGAAAAACAAGAAGCACCGCAAAUCCGAAUCCGAACAUAACAACAAUGCCACGAAAUCGCAAUCCCCGACCGAAGCGAAGCCAGCCCCAGAGGAGCUGAAAUACGAGGAACCCGUCAAGGUUGAAGAAACCAAGCCAAAGGAAAAUGGUGGCAGCAGCAAGAACAAGAAGAACAAGAACAAGAAGGGCAAGACGGUCAGCGAGUCCGAAAGCCCGGUCGUGAAGGUAGAGAAGGCUGAGCCUGUCAACCCCGAACCCGUGACGGUUGCCGAGCCUGUUGUUGAGGCCCCAAAACCUAAGGAGAAAUCCGUAACUCCCCCUGCUGCGCCUGCCCCGACUAACGGCUCCUCAAAGAACAAGAAAAAGAAGGGAAAGCAUGAUAAGGAAACGAAGGAAGUUCCUCAGGCCGAGGUUGUUGUCGAAAAUGGAGAAUCAAAGCAAAAUGGAGUGUAUAACCCAGCCGAUGAAGGACAACACCAGAUUGGAGAGGAAUUGGUUACUAAGAAGCUUGAGAACGGGGCCCAUGCUACCAAUGGUACUAACGAAAAAGUAACUGAAGAAGGCUUCCAAGAGCCAAAGGGCAAGAAGAACCGCAAGAAGAACAAGAGCCGAUCCAGCGAAUCUCAUGAAUCCCCGGAAUCGAACAAGUUGGAAAAUGCUGAAGUUAUCCAUGAGAUUUCUUACGAAAAGGAUAUGGAUAAGGAGGGAACAAGCCACACUGAAGAGACCCAGCAGCCAGCAUCCGUCAAUAAUGUUCACACUAGCUCCCAGGAAUCGAACGGACAAAAGAUCACUCGUGACAACAUCACUGCCACCUACGAAUUGGACCCAUCUGCCGUGCAGUCCCCCACCAACUUCUCACUCCACGUCCAGAAACUUGUCGAAAACGCCCUCGCCGCCUCCGAACUGAAAAAUGCCGACCCGAGCGCCAAACUCUCCGUCCAGGCCAAACUCCUGCGAUUGAAAGAGAAGAGCGAAGUCCCGCUUGUCACCUACCAACCCCGCACUCUCACCCCAUUGGCUUUCGAGCGUCAACGCACUGUGUAUGUUGCCCCGGUCCCUCGUGAGCGUGCCUACAAACUGUUGCCGAGGGAUGUUCUGCUCUGCUCGCACAUGAUUGAUACCCACGGAGAGGAUUAUGAGGGUAUGUCGAAGGACCCAAAGAACGUCUACAGGGAUACCGCUCGUGGAUUGCAGCGGAAAUUGCGUGUUUUCAAGGAAUCCCCGCAUUUUGCUACCUACCAGAAGGCAAAGGACACUGGCCGCACCGUACAAGAAAUUCUCGAUGAGGAGGCCGCCGCCGCUACCCCCGUGGCUGCUACCGCC